AAUAAAAAUGAAAUAACAACAAAGAAGGAAAGUCCUCUUUUUUAUUAUGAUUUUUUAUUUUAAUUUAAAAGAGAAAAAAUCCACAUACUGCGUUGCAACAUUUUUCUUCACUUAGCAAGCGAGGGAGUGUCAGGAGCAAGUUUUAAAGCUGUUGUUUACUUGGAGAAAAUAAUAACAUGGCUGAAAAUACAAAACAGAAAAUACAGAAGUUUCAAGGAUUAACUGCUAUUUCAUCGCCUCAGUUUAUCGCCAUUUUCAAGAAAUUUGACGUAGACAAUAAUGGUUAUAUCGAGAAGAGCGAACUGGAUGCAUUCCUCAAAGAACUUAUAAAAGAAAAGAAGGGCGAGGUUGACUUCCAAACGUUCAAAGAUCAGAUCAUGAAAGACUAUGAUGAAAAUAACGACAACAAAAUUUCGAUGGAUGAGCUAGCAAAGAUUUUACCAACAGAAGAAAAUUUUCUAGUUCAUUUUCGAGACACCACUCAUUUACAUGUUUCGGAUUUUAUGAAGAUUUGGUAUCACUACGACCAAGACAAAAGUGGUUUCUUAGAAAGCAAUGAAUUACUCGGUUUUCUUCACGAUGUGCUCGAAUCUAAAAAUCAGAAUGAUGUUAUUACACCCAAGCAACUUGAAGAAUAUACAGAAGUCAUUCUAGAUUUAUUCGACAAGAAUAAAGAUGGAAAACUGGAAUUGUCGGAGCUCUCGAAGAUCUUACCACUGGAAGAAAACUUUUUAAACAGAAUAAACAAGGCAGCCGAGCUAACAAGAGAUGAAUUCGAGAAACUUUUUCAACAUUAUGAUCAGGAUGGUAACGGAUAUAUUGAAGAUACCGAGUUGAUGGGGUUCUUGAAAGAUUUGCUUCAAAACAAAGCCAGGGAACCAACAACGCACGAUUUAGAACAAUAUCGUACAUGUAUUUUGGAAAUCUCAGACAAGGAUAACGAUGGAAAGUUAUCAAAAGAUGAGUUAGAACUGCUGCUUUUUGCAAAUAAGAACAAAGAGGAGUCGUAAUUGAACGAACGAAAAUAAAUGGACAUCAAUUUCUUCUACAUUUCUUCAUAGCCAAAUUAUAUACAACAUUAAAAACAGUACUUACUAGUUGUGUAUUUAUUAAUUUAUCUUUAAUCAAUAUCAAUAUAUGUUAAAAAGAAAA